CAAUCGAGCAGCAAGAGAGUACAAUCGCACCGCUUCUACAAUGAAAGAUGUUCUCGGAUUCCUCAAACUACAACAGGGCAAGAGUCCGACCCCAGAACUCGCGGCGGAAUGGCACACACUGGAGGAUUUAUACAACAGAAAGUUGUGGCACCAGUUGACUCUGAAGCUGAGUGAGUUUGUGCAGAAUCCGUGUUUCUGUAAAGGUGAAGGUCUCGUUCAGCUUUACGAAAACUUCAUCUGUGAUUUUGAACACAGAAUUAAUCCUCUGUCAUUAGUGGAAAUGCUCCUCCAUGUGGUCAGACAGAUGCCAGAUCCGAACACCGCCAUCACGUUCCUGGAGAAGACGAAGGAGAAGGUGAAGUCGAGUGACGAGGCAGUGAUUCUGUGCAAAACGGUGAUCGGCAGUCUGAAGCUCGACAUCAACGAUCUGCCUGCGACUAAAAAACUGAUUGAGGAAGUGGAGGAGAUGCUAAACGCGUUGCCGGGAGUGACGUCUGUGCACGGCCGGUUUUACGAUCUGUCCAGUAAAUAUUAUCGUAUUAUCGGGAACCACGCGCUUUACUAUAAAGACGCUCUGCGCUACCUGGGCUGUGUGGACGUCAAAGACCUGCCAGGGGCGGAGCAGCAGGAGCGAGCCUUCACACUGGGAUUGGCUGGCCUGCUCGGAGAGGGCGUGUACAAUUUUGGAGAGCUGCUGAUGCAUCCUGUACUGGAGUCUCUGAAGAACACGGAUAAGCAGUGGCUGAUCGAGACGCUCUACGGCUUCAACUCAGGAAACGUGGAAAAGUUUCAGGCUUUAAAGUCCGCCUGGGGUCAGCAGCCUGAUCUCGCAGCACACGAGGCCAAACUGAUGCAGAAGAUUCAGCUGCUGUGUGUGAUGGAGAUGACCUUCACCAGACCGGCAAAUAACAGACAACUGACCUUCCAGGAAAUCUCUCAGAGCACCAGAGUCCCAGUAAACGAGGUGGAGCUCUUGGUGAUGAAGGCUCUGUCAGUCGGACUUCUGCGAGGAAGCAUCGACGAAGUGGAUCAGAAAGUUCAGAUGACCUGGGUACAGCCACGAGUCCUCGAUCUGCCACAGAUAAAGGGCAUGAAGGAGCGUCUGGACUUCUGGUGUGGAGAUGUGAAGAGCAUGGCCGUGCUGGUGGAGCAUCAGGCACAUGACAUUCUCACAUAAACGCACACACACUUUAUUACCUGUAAUGUGUGUUAGCGUGUGACCUUCCGUGUUUCAUUAAAGACCUUUUCACGUA